UUUCCAACUCGGCGCUAAGCUUGCUAACGGGCCAGUUCAGUAAAACAAAUUAACUAUGUGGCCUCCAGCCGCUUUAAAUAACGUUACUUGCUGUACGUAUUUGCUUUUAAUACAGCACGCAGACCAAAGUGGUGUUCAAGUGAUCCGGGGUGCUCUCUUCUAGGGUACUAGCGUUAGGAGACCCAACGAACAGAGGUGAUGCCAUGUGAAUAUUACAACAGCAUAAAGCGCAAUGCAGAAAAAAGAGAUGGAUUCCCUCCAGCAGGGUUUAGGAGCUGUGGAGCUAUGCAGACAGGGAGACAAAAUCUUCUGGACUGGAGAUGUUGGGAGAGCAGCAGCUCUGUAUACUCGAGCAUUUGGGAGUCAUGCGGGAUCCACUAUGGCGCAUAUGCGCAGCUUGGAUAAAUCCUAUUUGGACCAGGUGGUUUCUGGUUUGGAGGCCUGGCUUGAUGGACAUGAGGUGGAACAUAAGUCAAUGGAGGGCCUCAACAAAGGGCUUGCUGCAGUGUUCCUGUCAACCUUGUGCCCCAAUAAUGUUUCUGCUUCUCUGUAUAAAAUGGAGUCUGUCUUGCUUGGGACUGGCCAGGGCUCAGAUGAGAUCUUUGCCCGAUGUUCAGCUCUUCUGGAGGGAAAAAGAACGCCUCAUCCCGAGGGUCCUAUGCGCUUAAUUUUGGAGCUGACUCAAGCUCUUGCCUGCUUGCUUUCGGACCCGUCUAACCACAAAGGUCCUCGGCUGUAUCUGCGGGCCUUUCUUGGAAAUAGAUCAGAGACAGUACGACUGGUCAAGGGUCGGCAAGUGGAGCACGUGCCUCGAAUAGUCAAAGCAUUUUUUGAGCAGAUGUCCCACAAAUUUUCCAUUCUUCAUGCUGGAUGCAAAUUGGAAAGGACUUCAAAUUGUAUACAGAAGCCUGAUGAACUUUCUCCCUUGGAAUCGGUUGAGUUUCUGGUUGCUAUUUCACCUGAAAGUAUUUUGGUGAGGGAGCUUCAAGCAGCUGUCCUGUUUUCUCUUAGUAAAUUUGAGGAAAGUGCUGAGACUUUGUCAUUGGCUUUGAUGUUGGCUGAAUCAAGUGAUACAAAGUCAAAUCUGCACUUGGCUGCGGAGGGAAUGGCACCAGAGAGAAAAGCUAGUUUAUUAGUGGCCAGAGCGGCUGCCUAUUUUUCCACAGGUGGACGGGCAAAGGAAGCUUGCUCAGACCUUGGCGAAGGGUUUGCCGUUCAUCCAGCAACAGCCAGGUUGCAGUUCCAGAGACUUUUCUCCGAAAGUGGGGCAGGAGUGGCGGCCCGUGUCCAGCUGCGGCAGCAGGCUGAGAGAGGUCUGUCCGGCUUCAGGGAGACAGUAUUGGUCAGGCCUGACUUGCGAACCUCUGAGGGAUUGGAGUUAUUAGACCCUGUCAUCGCUCAGCUGCGAGCUUUAUGCCAUUUAGAGCCUGAUGGAGGGGGCAGGGAGCUGCGGGUUCGGCUGGCGGACUGCCUACUUCUCCGUGGUGAGUUUAGAGAGGCCCUGUCCAUCAGCAGCCAACUAGCCGCCGCUGCCCCGACCCAGCAGAGCUACCAAAACACAGUGCAGGUGCUGCGAGGCUUUGCCCGUCUGCUCUGUGAGGACCAUAAAGGAGCUCUGGAAGAUUUCCAGGCUGUAAUUGAGCACAAUGCUCCUCAUCCUUCGAGUUGUGUCCGUGCGCUCUGUGGCAGGGGGCUGUUGCGGAUGAUGGCUGGCUCACAUUACCUGACCGCUCUGGAUUAUGUCACAGCAAGCCGGCUCCAGCAUCAGGACACAGCGCUGACCGUGAGGUGUCUGGUGCCAUGGAACUACCGAGGACUCCUGUGCACCGUGCUGCUGGAGCAGGGAAGGGCUAUGCUAGAAGAAGUUGGAGAGCAGAGUAACAGUUCAGGAUCGAGUACAGACCAGGAUCCUCAACUGAGCAAUCAUCAGCCAUCUACGCAGACAAAAGAGAGUUACGGCAUCAACAAGGAAGGAAUGGCUGUAGGUGUGCAUGCUCUCGCAGUUCUCCUGAUGGAGUUGCAGCCAGGUGUAGAUGCAGCCCAGAUCCUCGCAGCAGAUGCUUUGUACAAGCAGGACCGCAUUGAGGAGGCAUACCGUCUUCUUCUGUGCAUGGAGCACUCGUCCCCACGCUCACCAGUCCUCGUCCGGCUAGCUCUGCUUCAGCUGCAUCGUGGUUUCCUGUACGAUGCCAACCAGCUGCUGAAGAAACUUAUCCAUUGUGGGGACACUAGCUGCCUACGCCCUCUGCUCUCGGUGGCAGCUCUGAAAGAUAAGGCACUCCUGGAGAAACACUGUCACAAUGCAUCCAAACGCAUUCUGGACAGCCAACAGGAAGAAAGCGCCAUCAGAGAGGCUGUCGCCUAUCUGUCCAUUGCUAUUAUGGCUUCAGGUGGUGAAGCAGUGGACUCAUUGUUGGAGAGAGCGAGAUGCUAUGCUCUACUAGGCCAGAGGAAGACUGCCAUUUUUGACUUUACUGCUAUCCUUAAGGAGCACCCAGACCAUGUGCAAGCCUUGUGUGGGAGAGGGUUUACCCAUCUCAUGUUAAACCAACAGAAAGAAUCCACACAAGACAUACUGGCAGCUCUUCAGGUUGAUGCAGAAAAGGUCACACUGAGUAUCCUGUCCCUGAAAGACAAGGCCAGGAAGCUUAUUUGUGAAUGGCUUCAGCAGCACUGCCGUGCCAGUCUUUCCACAGUUCUGUCAACUAGCCCUGCACCUUGUCGAGAGGAGUGUCUCAGAGAAGCCUUUCUUACUAGCGGAGCACUUAUGAAAACUGACUGUAGGGAUCCGAGGGGGCACCUCCUCUACAUAGACACACUGCUUGCUCAAGGGGAGGUGAAGGCAGCAGGUGUGCAUCUUCGGCAGGUCUUUGGGAAGGAGCCACGUGAUGCAGCGGCACAGGCCAGGUGGGGAGUGGUGGAGAGCUGGCAGCAGAAAUACAGAUUGGCAGCCAAAUGUUUGAGUGUUGUGUCUGAGAAAGAGCCCGUAGUACUAGACUUCCUCCUGGCUCUUAUGCAAACCCAGCAACGAAGGCGCCUGGCACAGGCAGCUUCUCAGGAGGCCAGCAGUGUCUCUGAGAAUGGACAGUGGGAGCGUGCCCUAGCUUUACUGACGGUUGCCGUGCAAGCAAUGGGUGGCACAAAGCUCCAGCACCUGCGGCAGCGUGCGGCAUGCCUGGCCCACCUUGGCCUCCAUGAGCGGGCAGUGUCAGACCUGGACCAGAUCAUACGCUCACACAGUCCAGACAGCAGCGAAGAACCUGCGGUAUUGGCUGAGGACCUGUGUCGACGUGGUCGCAGCCUGCUGCUCUGCUCUCGAGAUGAACUUGCUCUGCAUGACUUCUCUCAGGCCCUGGAGCUGUACCCGGAGCAGGCGCUGCUGUGUGUGGACGCUGGCCCAGGCAGGCCCCGCCUGGCCGAAGUCUUUUUGCGUUUUGCCUUGCAGCAUUAUGGAGAGCAGCAGCUGGACAAGGCCUGGUACCUGAUAGAGAGCGGCCUGAAGGUGGACAGCAGCCACACAGAGCUGCGGCGACUCAGGGCCAGAGUAAAGCGGGAGGUCUCUGGUCCAUGUAAUGUACACUAAACAUCAGUAUUGAGAUACAGAUGGAGCUCAUGAAUAAGCUAACCAACAGUUUGUGUCAGUAACAGAUUACCAACUGUGGCUGUUGGGCAUAGAUCAGGGCGCCUUGAUUUCGCCUAGAUUUAUAAUACUUUGGCUAAUAACCUAAACUAGAUUUCAGAAGUCAGAUACAGCCCACUUAUUAUAUUAAUAUCUAGUGAGUUUAUAUAACUUGAGCCAAUGAAAGAACCGCUUUAGAAUUUGAAAUACAUUUGGACGUGAUGUGUAUGUCUGCAGUUGUAACAAGCGAAUUAAAUGUUCAGUCAGGUCAUAACUGUAAGCCUGAGCUAAUGAGUGAAAGUUAACAUAAGUGGUUAAUCAUAGAAUAUGAUGCUAGUCAUAUGGUGGGUAAGGACUGGGCGUUGUGGAAAGGGGGUCCCACGGAGCAGAGGGGCUCAGGGUUUAUUAAUCCAUCCUUGAUUUCCCAGUUAGGACCUCAUGGACCCACAUAAUUUUGCUUUGUCCCAGCUCCCAGCACAGUUUUGACUGUCUAGUUCAGAUGUGUUGGGAGAUGAGAUGGAGCCAAACUGUAUGGAGGUCCCUGAGGACUGGAAUCAAGAUUAACUGACUACUGCACUCAUUCGCAAGUUGUAUCAGUCCUUACCCAUUUAUCUUGUUUACCCCUGUUUGGCCACUGAUUUAUCAUGGGAGGAAUAAAUAUACGGUACUGUAUGGGAAUACAGACGAGUAGUGCUAUCAUGUUAUAGCGAAGCGCUCUAAUGGGAUAAAAGACAUCAUCAUUUAUGUUCACAAAUUAAUAAACUGGAACAUUACAUUUUAAGUUUAGCAUUGUAUUCAAUGCACUACAGAGCAGACAUACUGUGUGGGGUUUCAGAUCCUGUUUGAUAUUCAUUUAUACAUUUUAGUUCAUUAUUAAUGUCAUAAAAUGAUCAUUUGUCUAAAUACAUGAAACACAUCUAUAUCUCACAAUAGCUGUAAAGAUUUGAAGAUUUGCUUUGAAAACAUGAUCUACAGGUCUAAAUAAUAUUAGAAACGGAUGCAAUAUGUCAC